CUGCGCGCCCGGCUCCGGAGCGCUUCCAGUUGAGAGAUGGCGGCCACUGCAGGUAGAUCUCCGCUGCUGCUGCUCUCUAGGAGUGGCAGGGGGCUGACAGCGGGCUUCCCCGGACUGGGCGUCAGCAGGCACCGGCCCCACAGGACGGUGCACCAGAGACUUCCUGCAUGGCUCAGCCAAAGAGUAGUGUUUUGUAGCAGUACAGCAUCGCCCUCUAAUGAUGUAACUGUGAUUUACCAAAACGGGUUACCUGUGAUCUCUGUUAGCCUUCCUUCCCGACGGGAAAGGUGCCGAUUCACCCUCAAGCCCAUCUCUGACUCAGUUGGAGUAUUUUUGCAGCAGCUCCAGGAAGAGGAUCGAGGGAUAGACAGAGUUGCGAUCUAUUCAACAGAUGGGGCCCGUGUGGCUGCUUCCACAGGAAUUGAAGUUCUUCUUUUGGAUGACUUCACACUGUCCAUAAAUGAUAACACUUACCUUGUGCGACCACCAAAAAGAGAACUUUUAAGCCAUGAAGACGCAACGACACUGAAUGACCUGAAAACCCUAGUGCAGCAACUGUACAGUACACUUCGGAUUGAAGAACACCAACUCAAUAAGGAGCGGGAGCUGAAUGGGCGGUUAGAGGACCUUCGAGGGCAGCUAGAACCUCUUGAAAAGGUUCGUCUUGAGAUCAGCCGAAAAGCAGAGAAGCGAACUACAUGGGUGUUGUGGGGGGGCAUGGCGUAUAUGGCUACUCAGUUCGGAAUUCUCGCCCGUCUGACGUGGUGGGAAUACUCCUGGGAUAUUAUGGAACCGGUCACUUAUUUUAUCACGUACGGCAGUGCCAUGGCCAUGUAUGCCUACUUUGUGCUAACACGGCAGGAAUAUAUAUACCCAGAUGCCAGAGACAGGCAGUACUUAAAUUUUUUCCAUAAAGGAGCCAAAAACACAUCUUUUGACAUAGAAGAAUAUAAUCGACUCAAGAAUGCUAUUGCUCAGGCUGAGCUGGACCUUAAAAGACUGCGUGACCCCCUCCAGGUGCAACUUCCAAUCCAACAAAUUAAUGAGAAGGAUUGAUAGUCUUAUUACUCUUAAUCCCCAGCAGAACCUGUGGAUAACUCUUGCCUUUGAAUUAAAAGCAUUACAGGUGGUAGCUGGGACGUGAUAUUGAGAUGGAUGUUCUUUUCCUUUUUUUCUUUUUCUUUUUUUUUCCUUUUAUUUGUUACCAUUUUUAGCUAAUGUUAAAGAAGAGAGGAUUAAAAAUGGAAUCUAAUCAAAGCAUGGGGCCUUGACAUUGUUAAAAGCCUCUCUGUAAGGGCUUGGGGAAAAUAGUCUUAUAUAAAACAUAUCUAUCUUUUUAUUUUUCUGUCGAUGGGAAAAAAAAAUGCAUUACGAAAUACAUGGUCGAGGGUUCUGAACCAGUUGCAAUGUUUCUUUUACUUUGUUUACUUUCAUUUUCAUGUUUUUAUGGUCAGUUAAGAAUGUGGCAGAGGUGCCUACAAAACAUAUCAGAAUCAUGGUCUGCCAAAACCGUGGGGACAAACAAGUAAUAUAGCGCACAAUUUAUGCCAUUGGAGGAGUGUUGGACCAGAAGUAACCUCAGCAUUACGUUUACCUCUAAUUUUGCGAGGUGAAUUGUUGCAAUGACGUUGAGGCACUAUUGCCUUCCUGUCCUUUGAUAAACUCCGGGUUUGUGCACAUUGCCUUUCCAUGUAUAGAUUAAACACUGUUCAAUUUUAAUUCAAGUUCCAGACACAAUGAAAACCUUCUGCUAUGCAUUUUAAGAAAUCGCACGUGAUUUUCUCGUAAUCACUUUCAAAAUGUCCCUCCCCCUCGUCUCUCCCACUGCCCUGGCUGUAUACCCCAGUGGCUCAAUGCAUGAUAGGUUUUAAGUCUGUUCUUUUUGGGAGGGAGGCUUCCCCUGUCCCUCACAACUUGGUAGGUGGUUCACUUGGGUAGUGACUAAAGAUUGCAUGAAUGUACGAAGGGUUACCAUCUUCUGGUGCGUUAACCCGACCAUUAAAUAUCUUUACAAAGGUUAUCUUCUGGCUCGUCCCUCAAGGGAUCUGUCCACCUGAAAGACUUGGGUUUUUACAGACUUUCGGAUUUGUCCAUGUUCUGUUUUAACUGCAUAUCGCCGAAGAACCGAAGAGUGGCAAGACCUGAGAUAUCGCCUCUAUCUUUAUUCCAAAGAUUUCAAGGGGAUUUAUUUUCCUUUUCUUUCCUUUUGGAAUAAGCUGCUCUUCCACAGACUUUCUAUAUCAAAAUGGUGCAGUUUCUCUCUUCGGUGUUGGCAUGAAUGGUACUGAGAGAGAUUGGGGCUGCAAAGAUUAACUUUACAGAGAAACUUUUUUUUUUUUUUUUUUUUUUUUUUUUUUAUAAAAAGCACUCCCCACUGUGAAAGGCUCCUACUUCAGGAAUAGAAUUAUAGAACUAAAGAAGUGAAGCCAGAUUUCUGGUGCCUUGAAUAUGCUGAAAAGAGUGAAGAGCGGAGAUUAAAUAAUUAUCUCUUUAUUUGACACGGCAAAGCAAGUAAUCCUCAUACGGCAGACAUCAGGCCAUCUUCCUAGACCAACUUCCUUAACCAACCACAUGGAUCACAGCUGGCUUAUCCUGCCAAAAUUUUACUUUGUAUAAUUGAGUAAUGUAGAGCUCUCCUUGCAAAUGAUAUUUAAUUUUCUCAUUUUAUUCCAUUAUGCUUUUCCCAAAUUUUUUUUUUUCUUUCUUUUAACUUUUGAAAAAGUGCAGUUCUCUGCAAAACCAAUGUGAACCAAGAAAGAGAUCUAUUUCAUAGGCUUGGAUUAGAUGGUGUAGGUUAUUUGGUACUGCGGUGCAUUACACUGCGUAUUAUGUCAGCGUUUCUGCUAAACUGUGUCCUUGCUAUUCAGAAUCCCCACUUUGCAUGCAAGUGAAUGCACCUGAAGUGUCUGCAAUAGAGCGAGCGAGACUGACAAUCAUCCCUGUCAAAUUACCCCCAGGUGUUAAAAAUAGUCUUUUGACGGUCUUUGAAGAAGAGCUUUUGAAAUAUUCCUCAUGUAGGGGUCACCGUUAAUCCCUUUUAACUAUGAUACUGCUUGGAUCACUGUGGUUGUUAUGAGAGUUGCUCUUUUAACACUAACUCAGCCUGAGUUUUUCUUUUACCGUUUGCACUCUUUAUUGCUAAUGAAGCGGGGAAUAGAUGCACUUUGUAGCCCUCAAAGUAAUAGAUGUAUUCUGUGCAUACAAGGGAUAUCAAAAAAGGACCAUGUAAAAACAGCACUUGUGUUGUAAAGGUCCACGUGUGUCAGUGUGUGUAGGGAGGUUUGGAGCAUGGAGGAAUGUCCUAUCAAUAAACAAAAUAUUAAAAAAAAAAAAAGUGUAAAAUCCUGUAUCAUUUAUGAAAUAUGUAUAAAAGAUUUAAAAAAAGUAAUUCUGCAACAAUAAACAUUUAUUCAGUUUUUGAAGUAAA